AUGGCAGAGUUCAUAACCACGUUACAAGAAUUCAAAAACUUACCCCCCGGCCUCCACAUCUUUUGUCCCCGGCAGAGCGAUGAUGAUACCGACAGAUAUGAUGAUGAACCAAAUCCCAACCCCGAUGAUCCAGUUCGCCUCGCGAGAAUCGUAGAGACCAAGGAACGGCGGAAAAAGUUUGUAUCGUCACUCCAACUCCUCGCCUACGACGGGAAGGAAAGCGAGCAAUACCAACGUUUCAUUUGGGAAACCCUCGAGGAAGCCCUGGGAAAAUGUGACAUUUGCAUCAGGGAAUACUACGUUGCAAAAGUCGACUUUCUCGCCGCUUUGAGGCAGGACUAUGAGGAGGAGGAUGUUGCCACUUUCUUCGCUCUGAUCAACCGGCGGGAUGUCGAACGGAUUGUCCAGGGACUCGAUGCCGCAGACGAGGCUCUGCGAAGUGUCCCGGAACAGAAGAGAGGGACAGGGGUACUCGAGCCCAAACAUCUUCACGCUUUGUUCGAGGCACUCGUAUCUCAGGCGUUCCUAGAUGAUGAAGAGAAACUGAAGACUCAUUUCGAUGGGCCCUUUAAGAUGAUACAGACGAAAAAGUCGCUUAAGAUGCGGGAGAUCCUCCCUGCCACCACUCGAUUUCUCUUUGACUCCAACACAGUCAGGGUGGUAUGGGCAAGUUCGAUCUGGACACGACUUGAUCGAUGUCCCACCGACCUGGAAUGGGAUUGGGCAGUGAAAGACUUCCUUCAGAAGAAGCUGCAGACGGCCUCCGAUCCUCACGAUGUUGCGAAGCUGUGGAGUGCUUUGGACCUCAUUGUUCAAAAGCUCGACGAACGAUUCAUCACCUACAAACUAUUCGACCUUCACCCGAACAUAUGCACAACAGCGUUGAAUCACUUGGCCAAGCGGACAACUGCCGUGCCGUCUAUUCUGUCGACUCUCAAACAGAUCUUGGCCAAGGCUCCAGAUGCAUUCUGGCAGGCCAUGGGCUCCAUCUCCUCGCAGACAAUCGUUGAGCAGAUCUUUGCAAGCCCUUCGUUUAAUAUUGACCUGCAAGGAGCUACCCCUGCUGCUGAUGAGUCCGCUCCGAAUGUCCUGUCUUGGAUCAGUUCACUGCUCGAAUCCCUGAAACCUGCCAAUCGGCCCCCCGCUGCACACACGCUCCUCAAUCAGCUAUUUGAAAGAAUUGACAAUGGCUCCCUUAGCCUUGCGGCAAGAAGGGCAUGCUUUGAGCAGGCUGUAAACGUGUUGCUAAAGACUGUGAUCAGUUUCUCUGGUGAGGAGGAGGACAGUCAACAUCCAGUCGAGCGGUUGGUCUAUCUUGACACAUUGAAUCUGAUUGGUCACCGCCUAGACGUGAUACUACGGCCUAGAGACCUGGCGCUCGCCCAGUCGCUCCAGAAGGACGCUCGAGAAGACGUUGUGAACCUCGUUAAGAACUCAAUCGCCUUGGAAUGUAAGUGCCUGAAGCUCGAUUUCGAGAACCUCAUUCGCACCGAAUCCCGGAAGCAGGACUCGAGUGCCUACACUCCAGAGAUUUGGACCUCAGUCAUUGAAAAUCUACGGGAUGACGAUCCCACGCUGUCCACUGCGGCACUGAUAGGGAUCAUGUCUCUUCCUGGUCUGGAGCAGUUCCGCGUCAGAGAGGGCGACAGCCUUGCGAAAGAGAAGAGGUCAUACAACGAUAUCUUCGAAAAGGUAAACCAAAUGGUCAGCAAGCUGCUAGAGCGGAUAUCUGAAUUUUCACCACCCCAUUUGGACACGCUGUUCAGACAGCAAGAUACGAGUAUGUCUCUGGUUGCCGCUUUGUUCUCGCCACAUCAAGAGAUAUACGAGGCAACGAUUGCUACGGUCAAGCAUAUUAGUGGAGAAUCGAUUCGGAAGGAAGCCCUCGCCCAUUUGAUGAAUGCCUUUCUCGGGACUACCAUCUAUGGUGUAUGUUGGGUGUUCAGGCGCGUUGCCAAUUAUAAAACGUUCGCCUCGGUGCCCAGAAUGCUCAAGACAGGUAUGGAAAUCCUCGAUGUGCUCUGCAACCCAACGGAUGGCCUCCUACGACGCAUGGAGCUCUCUGGUCGAGACCUCAAAGCUGUCCAGAGCUAUUGGUCGUACCAGUGGAUCGCUCUGAAGACCAUCUAUGGUCACACGGAGCGCUGGUCGAUGGAGGUGCACAACAAGGACAUAAUGAAAGACGUCUGCCGCGAUGCCAUGCAGUACGCUGGAGAGCUCUUCCAUCAGUAUGACCUUUUCGCGAGCGUCUUGACAAAGGCAAAGCCUGAUAAAGCCGGCGAGAUUCGAAAGAUCCUCUUGGACUCUGCUAGCGCCAGCGAGAAGAGUAUAGGAUCGCCAUUGAGUGCUCUGGAUACCAUGUGCAAGUGGCUGAGACUGAGGGACGAGUACCUGGCCGAUACACUGGUAUCCUUGAUCUGCGACAUGCUGUACCAACUCAAACAGCAUCGAGCUGUGGUGACCGACAGCGAUGGUCUCGCAUACGUGGAAGAUGUGGCAACAGGAAGCUCCGUUAGAACGAUGCUCUCAGCCUCACAAAAAGCUAGACUAGUGCGAGCUUUGGAAGGCUACUUUGACCGACAAAUCGCAAGACCAGCCGUCAAGAAGCAAGCUACACUCAACCUUGGAAAAUGGACCGAUGCAGCUUCGGUGUCAAGAGUAUCCACCCCUGACUCUAGGGGUCGUAGCACCGACGAAUUUGGAGACGACGAUAUCGCCGAUGAAGACCUGAUUGAGAUCGCCAGCAAAACACUUGAUACUAACAGAGCAACUGUCACAAGCAAGGACAAGAAGAAGAUCAAAUCCCUCCUCCAACAGCCGCCUGCGAAGCCAAAGGCCACGCCCGUGUCUACAAUCGACAUUCAAGCAAAGAAGGCGCAAGAGGCGAGAGCCUUCAUCGAGAAUCGGAAGCGCGAAGAAGCGGCCCGAAAACUCCGAGACAAGGAAGCUGCUCUCAAAUUGAAAGGCAAAACCGGAAUCGGUGCACAGACGAGCGGACAAGGCUCCGGAAUCGCUGGGCUGGGUGUUGUAGGCAAGGAUCAUUCGGCCGGUCCAAACAGUCUCAUGGUGUCCAGCGAGUCUGAAUUUGAUUCGGACUCAGACGACGAAUUGUUUGGAAUCCCUUCGAGGGGCCCUACCGUUCGUGAUCAGCUUGGACAGAGAAAGCCUAUGCCGGCUGGCCCUGUACGGAAGGUCAAGCAACAACGGACUCAGAAGGAUAUUCGUGCCCGACUUGCUCCCGAUCUGAGCGAUCUACACCGCACAAUUCUUGGCUGGGAUUUCUUUGCGGAGACAGAUACACCUCCGAACUCGGGAAAGGAUGACUACACCCUCGUUACGAAUACGUUCCGGACUGCACAGGAUUAUCAGAAGACGUUUGAACCACUCCUUGUCCUGGAAGGCUGGCAGAGUUUUCGUGCAGCACGGGAGGAGGGCAACUUCAAAGCUUUUGAGGUCAAAGUUGCCAACUCUCUGAUCGUGGACAGCUUCUUUGAGAUUAAUUCUUCGAUGUCUUUCACGGAAGGAAAGGAUCUCGGUAUCGGAGUUUCGGACGUUGUUCUGCUGUCGAAGUCGAGCAGACCAGAUCAGGAUCCGAGCGAGCCGCAUUGUCUGGCGAGGGUCAAAGAAAUAUCGAGGAAGAGAGGAGAAGUCCAAGUUGUCUAUCGGGUGAAUGCUGCAAAUAACCCCCUGAGACCAUUUCUGGGCGAUAAAGCCGUUGUUCAUGGUGUACAAAUCCUGUCCCUGACGCCGUUGGAGAGAGAGUAUGGUGCAUUGAUGGCGUUGCAGUACUAUGACCUGUGCGACGAGAUCAUCAAAGCGCAACCGUCACCCAUCCUCGACUAUGCCGAAGAGGUGCUCCAGCCAAUCAAAGCGACAUACAGCGUAAACCUUGCACAAGCUAAAGCUGUAAAGUCCGCCCUUGACAACGACGCUUUCACUUUGAUUCAGGGUCCUCCAGGUUCCGGCAAGACCAAGACCAUCUGUGCGCUCGUUGGUGCCAUGUUGACGGGCUUCAUCAAGAAACAAAACAACAGUGCUGCAAGAUCAACUACAACUCAUGGUGCACCACGACCACCGCCCUCGAGCAAGAAAAUUCUGGUCUGUGCCCCAAGCAAUGCGGCCGUUGACGAGUUAGUGAUGAGGUUUAAAAACGGAGUUACACUGUUGGACGGCGUACCCGAAAAGAUCUCAGUCGUCCGCUUGGGUCGGAGUGAAGUGAUCAACACAAAUGUGAAGGACGUCACACUUGAGGAACUGGUCAAUGCUAAGCUCAGUGCUGCCGCACCUAGAGCCCCGGGGGAAGACAUCCAUAGCGUGAUGAUGCAGCACAAAGAAGUCUCGGAAGAGCUGAGAAAUCUUCGAGACUCGAUUCAAGAUCGUCGAGGCAAAGGUCAGCAAGUGGAUGUGGCCGAUGAACAGCUUAUGGACGCGCUUCGACGGAAGCAGAACGGGUUGGGCAGCAGAAUCGACGACCUGAGAGAAAAGCAGAAUACUGCGUCUCGGGACGUAGAACUCAGCCGAAAACGAAUCCAACAGGAGAUUUUAGAUUCGGCACACGUUCUCUGCGCGACUUUAAGUGGAAGCGGACACGAACUCUUCCAGAGCCUCAACGUCGAAUUUGAAACGGUCAUUAUCGAUGAGGCUGCACAGUCAAUUGAGUUGUCGGCAUUGAUUCCUCUCAAAUACGGAUGUUCAAAAUGCAUCCUUGUCGGUGAUCCGAAACAAUUGCCCCCUACAGUUCUCUCGCGAAAAGCGGCCAAAUUUCAAUACGAGCAGAGUCUGUUUGCCCGUAUGGAAAACAACCACAAGAAAGACGUGCAUCUCCUAGACACGCAAUAUCGUAUGCAUCCAGAGAUCAGUCUUUUCCCGAGCAAGACAUUCUACGAGUCUCUGUUGAAGGACGGCGGGGACAUGGCUAAGCUCCGUCGGAGACCGUGGCACCACAGUGAGAUUUUCGCACCUUAUCGCUUCUUCGACGUUCAAGGCAUGAGCCAAGCAUCAACCAAGGGGCACUCGCUGGUCAACGUUGCUGAGAUCACCGUCGCAAUGCAGCUGUAUAGGAGAUUGACGACAGACGUCCGCAGAUAUGACUUUACCGGAAAGAUUGGCAUCAUCACCCCAUACAAGGGUCAACUGAACGAACUCAAACGUCGAUUCAGGGAUCAAUAUGGGGAAGCUAUCUACUCGAGGAUCGAAUUCAACACCACAGAUGCUUUCCAGGGCCGAGAAAGCGAGAUCAUCAUUUUCUCUUGUGUCAGGGCUUCGACCCAGGGCAUUGGUUUCUUGAAUGACAUUCGACGUAUGAACGUGGGUCUGACCCGUGCCAAAUGCUCACUUUGGGUUUUGGGCAAUUCGCAAGCACUUAUGCAAGGCGAGUACUGGCGAGCUCUGGUCACAGAUGCCAAAGCCAGGAAUUUGUACACUGACGGCGACCUUGCCAGGCUCCUGGGUCGGCAGCUGUUGACGGAAGAUAUGAUGAAGGACGAUAUUGAAAUGCUUGACUACACUGAGUCCCCGUCCGACAACGUAGAGUCUUCCAUCGUUGCGGAAAGAUCAUUUGGUGGGAAUUCGGAGUCGAAAGAACCGUCACCAGCACCCGGGAAGGACCGGAAAGACGCAUCUCGACUAAGCGGUCCCCUGAAUCAAGCUGGCGCAACAUCAGCCAAGCCGGGAAUCACUCUUCCAAGGCAAUCUUCAGCAACUUCAGUUGCCCGACCAGAGCCGAAGCGGCAGGACUCGGGGCAAUCUGUAGGGAGGCGAGAGGUCACCAGAGUCGAUACCAGUACUGAUAAACGUCUUGCUCCGGAUGGACGACAGCCUGCCGAACCCAGGGAGAAGGCUACGGUUUCAAGGGCCAACUCCGGCGAAUACAACCCUUCAGGGGGCGGCAACGGCCUCAACGACCUCCAUAACUGCGCAAUCUGCGGGUCGUACGAGCAUCUUACGGUCAAUUGCGACAACGAAGAAGCGCUGGCUGGGUCAAUUGGGAUUUGCCGCAGAUGUCAGUGCCCAGGUCAUACAGUUACCAAUUGCACUGAACCUCGAUGCAUCUCUUGCGGCGAAGUAGGUCAUCCCACCACUGAUUGUACGGCACCUCUAGACAAGAGACUCAAUAAGGCGCAACAGGAGAAGGUUCGGAAAGAAGAGAUCCGCUAUGGCGAAAGAAGAGACAAAGCACGCCAGUAUCGAGCUGAAAAACAACUUGGUGAACACGACGCGCAGAUUCCCGUCGUCAAGAGCUCAAUUACGACCUCGAACACGAUUGCAUCGAGCAAGGAGGCCAAGAGGAAGUGGGAUGAGUCCUCUGGUAGCGAUUCCACAAGAGCCAAGGUACCGCGAGUCAAGCCAGAAAACAGAUCUGCCGCAUCUGGCACAGCCAGCAUACACAAAGGGCGGUCAGGCUUUCCCCAGAGACCGUCUGAACGGCCCAAUCCAGCGGGAUCAUCGGGUCUCCCACCAAGACCUCCCGCUGGCCGUGCUCCUGCUAUGACGAACAACGGACAACCGAUGGUAAGGAAGAAGAAGGCCAAUGCCGAUGAUAUGUUCGUGAAACGAAAAUAA